UCUCGCUCUCUCUCUCUCUCUCUCUCUCUCUCUCUCUCUCUCUCUCUCUCCUUUUCCGGCGUUUUCCGGCUAGAUUUCCUCUUUUUCCGGUCAAACUCCCAUUAUUCUUCCUUUCAGAGAAAAGGAAGGACAGAGAUAAUAAGAGGAUACAGAAAGUUAGGCAACAACUAGGGCUUCUUGUUUGCAAUGUUGGCUUGCUAGUAAGAUGUAAUGCUGGCUUCCAAAACAGCAGCUAUGGAGAUCAAAUCUUACCAGAAUCAGGCUGGAGCUCUUCUUAAGGAAUAUGUGCUAGCAGAUUCUUUUAUACCCUAUGCUUCGAUUAUCGGUGGUCUUGUCGCUUGCAAGAUGGUCUAUCAUCUUACUCAGUUGAUCAGUGCAGUUCAUUUUAAGAGCUUUUCCAGCCUUUCAAAAGUCCAACGUAAUGAGUGGAAUAACCGGUCUAUAUCUACUUUCCAUGCCAUUUUUAUUACAGUUAUGUCAUUAUACUUCGUGUUCUGGUCUGAUCUUUAUUCUGAUGAACUACUUGCGGGCUUUGUUACAUUUCGGAGCUCAUCACUAUCUACAUUUUCUUUGGGGGUUUCUGUUGGUUACUUCCUUGCUGAUCUUGGGAUGAUAUGUUGGUUUUAUCCUUCCCUAGGCGGAAUGGAGUAUGUGGUUCAUCAUCUUUUAUCUAUAGCUGCAGUGGCAUAUGCAAUGUUGACUGGGGAAGGGCAACUUUACACCUACAUGGUUCUUAUCUCUGAGACAACAACCCCAGGGAUCAAUUUGAGAUGGUAUCUUGAUGUUGCUGGAAUGAAGAGGUCCGGAGCAUAUGUCAUGAAUGGGGUUGUGAUUUUCUUUGCUUGGCUGGUUGCCAGAAUACUCCUUUUCAUAUACCUGUUUUACCAUAUCUACUUGCACUAUGAUCAGGUUAAGCAGAUGCACAACAUUGGGCUAUUCUUGGUAGUAGUUGUUCCAUCAGUGCUUGCUGUCAUGAACUUGAUGUGGUUUGCCAAGAUCAUAAAAGGAUUGAAGAAGACAUUGACCAAGAGACAAUGAGGCAUGCUUUCUCUUUAUUUGGGUCCUUUAUCUUGUGCAUUCUGUCUCCCUCUCUUUCUCUCUCUCUCUCUCUCUCUCUCUCUCUCUCAUCAUAAGAAUGUAUAAAUGGAAAAAGAGGCCACUCAUCAUAAGAAUGUAUAAAUGGAAAAAGAGGUCUGAAGCUAAUUCAUCAUUGGGUAGAUCACCAAA